GAGCGGUUUAAUUACUGCAGUUUUAAGGGCCUGUGUCAAUUCACCUGAGUGAAGAGACAUGUUUACUAUAUGAAGUAGAACAGAGUACAAACCAAUGGCGUCACAGUGAAUACGUACACUAAUUUUAUCAAUUGUAUGCCCAAACCAGUCUGAGAGUAGAAUAAGGUCGCACUCACACCUAAUAUUCCGCUCUUUUGGUCCGCACCAGAAGCAACUUAUUCAGAAGGUUUGGUUUGCAUUCACACAGUCAAACCUCAAACGGACUAUAAACAGUGAACAAAAGUCAUGUGCACAGAAAUGCUGUUCAAAUUUAAUUGUUUGGUCUAUAAUUCAAAACAUGUAUUCAUUCAUUCAUUUAGUUGUACCUAUUAUACCUGCAAUAGUUCCAUGUUUCCAUACGUGUCCUACAAAAGAAACAUUUUCCUUCGUCGAUUUAAAAAUGGCAUAACUGUUUGUUGGUCAGUCUUGCCAAAACACAGAAUAUUGUGUAGGCUGUUUUCCAUACAUUGAUGAAACCCUCUCUGAUUGGAUGGCCCAGAACGUCAUACUUGAAUGCGGCCUCUAGGCAGUUUUUUUGUUACAAAGACAACCAUCAACCCCUAACACAGAUCUGUGUGUCUCUGUUGAGCCUUUGCAUUACAUCUUUGGUUUCAUCAUGACGUUUGGUCUUUCUCAGGAGCAGUACUGUUUUCCGGGCUCUAAUGCCUCGUGUGUUACGGAUCAGUUCAAUGUGGGGAUCAAAGUUGCCCUUUACUUGUUGUUUGUUUUAUGUAUGCUGGUUACCAUUGUAGGGAACUUUAUUGUCAUUGUGUCAAUAGCUCAUUUCAAGGAGUUGCAUAAUCCCACCAAUCUGCUUGUUUUAUCUCUUGCUCUCUCUGACCUUCUUGUUGGGGUUGCUGUGAUGCCCUUCAGCGCCAUCCGGACCAUUCAUGGCUGCUGGUUUUACGGAGAUGAUUUCUGUAUGCUUCACUCAAGUUUAGAUAUGUCUCUUACAACUGUUUCUAUAUUCCAUCUAAUGUGUAUUGCCGUGGACAGGCAACAAGCCAUAUGUAAUCCUCUGCAUUAUUCUAGGAAUUUCACAAUGUCAGUGGCUUGGAUUAUGGUAUGUGCAAGCUGGGCGUUGGCUGCCGUCUUCGCUUAUGGACUACUUUACUCAAAAGCCAACGUAGCAGGGUUAGAGGAGUAUAUAGAAUCAAUAAAGUGCCUCGGCAGUUGUAACCUUCUCUUUAACCCCCUUUGGGGAAUCCUGGACAGUGUUACUGCCUUUUUCUUUCCCUGCACUGUUAUGAUUUGUCUGUACACUAAAAUAUUUAUUGUGGCUAAAGAGCAUGUCAAAAAGAUUGGAGACAUGAACAAUUGUUCAAACGACAGGGUAAAAGGUGGGUUUGUUAAACAGUCUGAGCAUAAGGCUGCAAAGACUCUGGGUAUUGUGCUUGGUGCCUUUAUCUUUUGUUGGAUGCCGUUUUUUAUGAUUACUAUAAUCGAUGCCUUCACUGGCUUUAACACACCUGCUGCCCUCUUCGAGGCAUUUGUUUGGUUGGGUUACUUCAACUCAACCUUAAAUCCAAUAAUCUAUGCCUUCUUUUAUCCUUGGUUUAAGAAAUGCUUUUAUCUUAUUGUCAAUAUGAAAAUAUUUAACCCACAUUCUUCAACCAUGAAGGUGCUUACACAUUUAUGA